GUGAUGCAUUUUGCUGCUCAAUGAUCAGUAGAUGUCACCAGAAAAAUUUGAUGUCAUUUUUGUUCAGGCCAAGCUUAGAAAAUAAGUAUCGUGAAACGCCGCAUAACAUCUAUCAGUAUCACACAGCCCUAUUCCAAUGAUCCUUGGCUCAGUGUUGCCACUGGAUAGAAAGAUAAAAACUUGGGAAGAAAUAAUUAGUACUGACCUGUAGUGUAUUUAGUAGGGUUAACGGUUGCCAUGCAAAAAGUGACAGCAGAAAGCUCACAGAAUGAAGUUGACUCCAUUGAAGAAGCUGACAAAAGGUCUAGUUGUUUAACACCAACCACAACAUUUGAAGAUGUUCCAAAGGUGUUCAGAGAACCCAAUAUCAACACUGGCUUUAGACAGCCCUACCAACCAUGGUACUAUUACCCUGCCAGCAUAUUUCAAGUCCAUAAUGAGUGCAUGAAUGUAUGGACACACAUCUUUGCUGUGAUAUUAAUGACACACAAGUUGGUGUCUUUCUCUAAACAGCUGGACUUCAUCAAUGAUCCCUAUACAUGGCCCAUGCUUGCUGGAAUCCUUUCCAGUAUCAUUUUGUAUCUAGCUAGUAGUUUUGCUCACUGCUUUCAGUCCAAGUCAGAGAUGUUCCAUUAUACUUGCUUUAUGAUAGAUUAUGCUGGGAUAGGAUUGUAUGGAUUUGGAUCAGUAACAGUUCAUUUUGCUUAUUGUAUGGAAGAACACCUGUAUCAGAUUUCAUGGCUCAAGGACAUGUUUGUUCCAGUGGGUGGAUUCCUGGCUGUUGCAACCUGUGGAUGUUGCACAUAUGCUAAAUAUCGCUAUCAGCGUCCUUACCCAAGAGCUCGAAAAGUUUGGCAAGUUACUGGAGUGUGCUUCUUGUAUAUCUGGCUAAUCAUACCAGUUGUAGAUCAAGUUUUUAACUGUUUUAUCAAUGGAUUCAGAUGUGACGAUACAAUCUCACCCCAUACUAAACAACUUGCCUGGUUCUUGGCCUCAGGAUUUUUUUACACAUCUGAUAUACCUCAAAGAUUUUGGCCAGGAAAAUGUGAUUUUAUAGGUCACAGUCACCAGUUCUUUCAUGUGUGUAUCAUGAUGACCACGUUCUUUCAAUUUGAUGGUGUCAUCAGAGAUCUGCACAAUGAGCGGGAUGUAUUUGAACAAAGACCUACUCCAACAUUGUGGAAUACUUUUGGACCAGUUGCACUGGUCUUGCUCCUGGAGAUAGUCUUUAUAAUUAUAUUUAGGGAGAAGUGCAAGAAAAAACUAAAAUCUAAAAAUGAGUGAUAUUAUUUGGUAUAUUCUUGCCUAAAAGCUGUGUCUUGUUAAGACAUUACUACAGACAAAAAAAUUCCAAACAUAUUUCUCCUACUACUUCUUCAUGUAAGGAUGAAUAACUGCUAUAAAAGACCCUUGAUUUAGUAGUAAAAAGUAAUGCUUAGUGCAGAUUGUAUCCUAGAAGGUUGUCAAAAUCAUCUAAUCUUGCCUUGUUAUUCGUGCCUAAUGUUGUAAAUGCAAGCUAUCACUCAUAUUUUGAUUUCAUAACAUUCCAAACAGGGAAAGAGAGACCACAAUUUAAUUCAAGAACCUGAAUAGCAUUCUUUGGUGUUAUUUUUUGCCUCUUUUUCUGAUUGUGACAUUAAACCUAGAUUGGCAAAAAUGAACAGUAAGGCAUGCUUUGCCAACUUCAAAUAUUUAAUGGGAAAAGUUUCCCAAUAAAGUAGACCAACAAUGUAACAAGAGUUGUUUGAUAAUGAAGUGUUUUAUUUUCGUGAUGUGCUUAUUUUCACUUAAAUAUCCAGUUUUUAUCCAGGGCCUAUCCCUUUUGCUGUAUCCCCUUUAUUCAGGAUGCCAUUGCCAUUUAAUUUAUCACCAUGUUGUUUUAUAGUUUGGUUUGUUUGCUUGUUAUACCUCCGUUUUUUUUGCUCAAAUUUUAUCCAGAGUAUUUUGUAUGCACAAUUUUCAUUAUUUUGGGGGGGAGGGGGGAGGUUACGUUUUGUACGUUUUUUUUAUUUUGAAAAAUUGAAGUUGUUCUCGAAUUUUGUUAAUUUGAGUGAACCACAGCUGAAUAAACCACGGAGUAAACCUCUC